GCGGGGGACACGGGGCCACCCCCGGGCCAGGGGGAGAUCAGAGUGGGGCCCGCGCACCAGGCACGCCUGCCUGAGCUGCGGCCCCCCACGGCUCCACUGCAGCUGCAGGACAGCAUGCCCCGGGAGGAGCUCCGAUGGACUCCCGGUGUUCCCGACUGCGACCUCAUGAUGUACCUCAGGGCUGCUAGGAGUAUGGCAGCAUUUGCGGGAAUGUGUGACGGGGGGUCGGCGGAGGACGGGUGCCUUGCAGCGUCGCGCGACGACACCACCAUCAAUGCAAUGGACCUGCUACACGACAGCAACUACGACACGGGACGGGCACUCCAAGCCCUUGUCAAGAACCCUGUGCCCAGAGGUAUCGACAAGAAGUGGACUGAAGAGGACCAGAAGCGCUUUGUAAAGGGUCUGAGACAGUACGGCAAGAAUUUCUUCAAGAUACGCAAAGAGCUGCUUUCUCACAAAGAGACAGCGGACCUGGUGGAGUUCUAUUACCUGUGGAAGAAAACCCCGGCAGCGGCAACUUCCCGGCCUCACCGGAGGCACCGGCGGCAGAAUGUGCUUCGGCGAAGCAGGCCAUCAUCCCGACUCACUAAAGUGGCGCAGAGCGAAUUUGCGGAUGCGAGUUCAGCAAGCGAAGACGAGGAGUCAGCUGAUGAUUCUGAUUCACGGGAAGUACCGUCUUACACCUGCCAAAGUUGCCUCACCACAAACUCCAAGGAGUGGUUCCACUCUGGGAAAGAGGGCUCCCUGCUGUGCUCUGAGUGCUGCCAAGCCCAGAAGAAGGGAGACCUUCGUCCCGUAUCGGGGGACCCUCACGAAAGCUCACCGUUCCUCUUCAAGCCAGUGGACAACAGCGACAUUGUCAAUGGGAAACAUGUCAUGCGCACGCGCAGGAAUAAAGAGAACCACAGCAAGGGUCGCAACAAACACAGCGGAGACUCCGCGAGUCCCGACGUGCCAGAUGGCGCUCUUACACCCAGCAACCGAUCGACGGGAGGCGGGCGGAAGUCACCUGGCGCCGCAGCAACGGGAGACACCAAGGACAAGAAGAAGAAAUCUGCUCCCGAAACGCCAACCAAGGGAAAGAAGAGGGGGCGGGAAGAAGCCCCACCACCGGCCGCCCAGCCGAGCGAGCCUUCACCCCCUGCAUUUGAAGAGCCCUCUCCACCCUCACAAGACAGCGUCGCCGGUUCCACGCCCGCGACUCCGCCCGAGGAAGAAGACCGCGGGGUUUCCAAGAAGAGGAAAGGCGCAAACACGCCCUCGACUACGUCCGCGGAGAGCCUGACGCCGUCGCCCCCGUUGGAAGGGACGACCAACGGAAUAAGCGCGACACCACCGGAGGAGAACGGGGAAGAGAGUGUGCCGGAGAGGGAGCCCGAACAGCUCACCCCGCUGCAGCCUUCGGUUGCAGUGCCGCAAGUUCAGCCCAUCGAACCGGAGCAAUUGCCGCUCCAGUCGAUGAGAGGGGGAUCGGAGGAGUUGCCCUGCCUGAGGACUGAACCUGUGCCUCUCACGGUGCUCUCGGGGGCACCCAAAGACCACGAGAACCUAAAUCCCGUCGAGGAGGACCCAAUACCACCACCCUCUCUUCCUCCUCCUUCAGUCAUUCAACACCCACAGUCAUCACCAUCUCCCCUUCCCCUGGUGGUAACGCAAGCCCACCAGACCCCCAACUUGACGGCAGACACUCCCCCUCCGGAACCGUCCCCGCCUCCUCCGCUGCCCGCGCUCCGGAGAACUCCGACGCCCCUCAACUGCAGCAACGUGCCCACACCACCCGCGCUCACGACGAUGCACAGCGUGCAUUCCCCCAUGCAGGUUCCCCAUCCUCUCAGCCAACCACAGCCAGGGGAAGACAAGUUCGACCAGCUGCUCCCACCACCACCGGCACUGCCACCGUCUUCCGAAAUGCCGGAGAAGUCGUCCCCAGCGAACAUGGCCGCCGUCACGGAGCCAGCCCCUCUGUCCUUCAUCAAGAUGGAGGCAGUGGAGGAACCGGUGCCCCUGCGGCUGGUCUCGUCACCGUCGAUGAGGGGAAGGCCCACCCCUCCGCCCCCGAGCGGGUUAAACCCGUCGCUGGCGGCACUGUCGGCGAUGCCACCACCUCCCGUGGAGUCCCUCCUUCCGCCAAGCCUGGCUCCUCCGCUGAAGAGCCACCUGAUCCGCGUGAAGGAGGAGGCAACGCCUCCGCCGCAGCCCCCACCGCUGCGGCUGGACAGUCCCUCGCUUUUGGGCAGGGUCUCGUCCUCCCCGUCUUCCUUGCCAGCAUCAUCUCUAUCGUCCGGCCCAGUUGCUGGAGCCUCAGGGCAGCCUCCUCGGGCGUCCCCCGACUAUCCCGGUCCCGCUCCCCACCACGUCAAGACCGAGCCCCCUCCUUCCCCUCCCAAGGCAGCUCCCACGCCCCCCCGGGGCGGCCACACCCCCAAGAUGUUGUCGUCCAUACCCACGUCGACCGCCCUGCCCCCAUCGUCGAGCCCCUACUCCCACCAGCCCCACCCGUUCUCCCCUCCGCCUCAGUUUGCCCCGGUCAGUUCCUCGGGAUCGAGCAUGCCCCACAUGGCAGGGUUCGCUCCUCACGUGAGCAGGCCCUCGAGUUCCCCGGGGGGCCACGCUCCGUCGCCGCACCACCCUGCCUUUGCCUACUCCCCGUACUUUGCCCCCCAGCUCUACUCCCCGCACUUGCAUUUUGCCCCGCACCACCAGUUGUUGGCCCCUCCCACCGCCCCCCCUCCCGCCCACGGCGGCGGGGGCUCCUCGAAGUCCACCCCGCCCACGUCGAGGAGCGGGAUGGCGCCCGUGUCGAUGCCCCUGCCGCCCCAGCUGGACGCGGGAGCGCUUAGGGGACCGCCGGAGAGGGCUCACCAUCCGUCUCCCGGCGGCAUGUCGUCGCACGGUCCCUCUUCCCACCGUUCGUCCCACCACCAAGUUCCCCCGUCGUCCCAUCACCUUCCGCAUCACCAGGAAGAGGAGGAGGAAGAACCUGAGGCCCAGCAGCUGGUGAGGGGACCCAGUCCAGAGCCCAAGGUUGAAGACAGCGAAUGCCACCGUAGCCAGUCUGCAAUCUUCCUGCGCCAUUGGAGCCGUGGGGAGUACAACUCUUGCGCUCGUACGGAUUUAACCUUCAAACCCGUCCCUGAUUCGAAGUUGGCGAGGAAGCGGGAGGAGAGGGCCCGCAAGGCAGCAGAGAAGGAGCGGGAGGAAGCCAAGCAACGAAUGGGGUCCCUGGAGCGUGAGGCGGGCAAGCCUGGGCCCAGCGGUCACCCCUGCGAUCUGGGCUUCCCGGGCAGUGUAAGAGGUGCCCCCCACAGCCGAGGGGCACACCCCUACUCGGACACGCCUGCCCUGCGCCAGCUGAGCGAGUACGCUCGCCCCCACGCUGCCUUUUCUCCGGGGUACCCGUCGAGGAACCACCCCGCGGCGGCGGCUGCCGUUGACCCUGUGUUGCUCCACUAUCAGCUGGGAAUGUAUGGCGCUGCCGCUGCUGCGGCUGCCGCAGCCUCUCGAGACAACAGCCUGCGGCUGGACCUAGAGCUGGAGAAGCGGGAGCUGCACGACAAGCUGAAGGCGGAGCUGGAGCUCAAGUCGCGCCUGCCCUAUGAUCCACACUGGCUGGAGCUGCAGCGACGGUACCAAGCUGCAGCGGCCUCUGCGGCCAUGCCUCCUUUUCCGAUGUACCAACCCGGUGGUCCCGGACCCGGUGACCAGCGGGAUCGCCUGGGGCUCCCCGACGACAGACUCCAUCCGUCCUCUGCCGAGCGGCUUGCCCUGGCUGCUGACCCCAUCCUGAGGUUGCAGAUGGCAGGUGAGCUGCACGCCCAUACGCACGCCCACGCCCACACGCACCUGCACCUGCAUCCUCACGACCCGCUCUCAGCAGCUGUGGCUAUGGCGAUGCCCCCUGGCAGCGGACCCCCAGACUCCGCGGGUGCUCCCCCUUCGGCGUACGCUGCCCAGCUGGGAGGGUACCCGGGAGGGCAACAGUCCCGAGGUCCCACUGGGAGCACGGGGGGGCCCCCUGGAGGCGGAGCUGGUGGCUUGCGACACCAGGACCUGAUGCACCCGGCGCUCAUGCGCAGCCCUUACGAGGAACAGCUGGCCCACCAGGUGGGUGCCGCAGCCGCUGCAUACAAGAUGAAUGCACAAGUGGCUGCAGCCCACCAUCAGGAGCAGUUGCAGCGUCAGUUCCUUCUGGAACGGGAGCGUCUAGUGCACCUGAGUGCCCUUGGGGCCCAUCCGGGGCCCUCGCAGCUCCUGCCACAACACGAGGAGUACCUGCGAAGAUACUACUGCAAGCACAUCAACGAGCUGGAAGGUGGCUCAUGGAAUCAAAAUUAGAAACUUUGCUGUUAAUUGAACAGGGCUGUCAUUACUGUAUUUGAAACACUUGUACCCUGUUUCUGCGUUGCAUGGACACUCCAUUGUGUAACAGUGGGACAUCGAACGGACGUUGGCAGGACGUCUCGUGACACGUGAGCCGCCGUAAACUAGUACGCGAUCGAACGCGACCCCUUCCAACGUCCGAGCGGCGUCCAGUAUUGACGCACAAUGUGUAAUGGUGUGACGUCCGGCGGACCUCCUUCGGAUGUCCCGCGUUGGACUUCGUAGUCGAGCAGAUACAGUAAACUUGACGGUCGGCAUGUACACGAGAGGUGCGCAAAAGCCAGCAUUGUUUUUCUAAGAGGGGUGCUUGCAUCGUGCUCCUUGCAGCCAACAGCAGCAACGGGAACGGGAGCUGAAACUGAGGACGCUCGAAGAAGCAGCUCGUGGGGGGAGGCCACCUAUGAACUGAUAACGCCCCACCGCCCACGGCAACACACGACUGCAGCUUGUGGUAUAUCUCGUGUCGGGGGUGUGUGUGCGCGUGUGUGUUUUUUUUUUUUUUUUUUUUAAAUGUCACGUGCCGACGAAGGGACCUCUGUGUGUCGAAAAUCGAGGAUCAAGAGAGGACUUCAAAGGUGUGGCUCUUACUUUUUAUUCCCCCCCCCCCCUUCCUUCGCUGCAGGUGUGCAAGGGAUGGGCAGUGUUGCCAACACAUGACUUCUGUGUUUUUUGUCCUUUUUUUUCUUUUUUUUUAAGCUCUCCAGUGACUCUUGGGAUACGUUUUAGCAUCUGUACCUUUUACUCUUCUCCUUCUUUUAGCCCAUGUUUCUGUUUUUAGUCGGUGCUGAUGAGUACAAGUUUUGUUGCAGGCUGUAGGGCUUGCAGACGACCAUUGCAGACGUCCAUUCCUGAUGGACAUUAUCUGCAUCUCUUGUUGAUCACAGUAUAGUUAACAUGGGUGGUACAUCAAAAUUUUUAUCAAGCGUUUGAUGCUGCUUCCUUAAAGUUUUAUUCCAGUCAGAUGUCUGCACUUGAUGGUUUGAUUGUCGAUGGUUUGAUGAAAAAAAAAAAAAUAAUGAAGGGCAGCAAAUGCUAAUUUGGUACAUGUAAUGUUCCCGCAAAAAAACUCCGUGUGUCGUUCUGCAUAUCCAACAUCUGUUUCCUUGAUACGAAGUAAGUAUGGCACGUCGUUGUCAGCCUUCCCUUUGAGCGAAGCAGUUUCAGCAAAUUGGUCUUCGUGGAAUUUUGAAAGUGCCCCUUUUUAAGACAUUUAAGAGCAAUACGUGGACAUUUCAGAACGAGUCUUCCUGCAUCUCAAAAUGCCAAUUUAAAAAAAAAAAAUUAAGCUUCAAAGAAGGAAGGUUCAGCGGCAACACAGCCCCUUUUUUUUAUAUUGUGCCAUAUUCGGGUUGUGUUGAUCAGAAUUUGAGGUAGUCCUGCAGAUUCAAGGUCUCCUGCAUGGGAGAGACCUGCUACUUACAGUUGAACCAUAGCGUGGGUGAAGAAAAAAAAAUUGUGUUACUACACGUUGACACACGAACAUAAGCACAUCAGAAACCACUGCAGGGACUGUGGACUCUCUCAAACAGUUUACCUAUGAUAAUUUUUCUUUCAUCACACAACAUCGUUUUUUUUAUUUUUUGUUUUUUUUUCAUAGCAGGAGUAUGCAUGUGUACAGUUCACUGCGUGUACAUAAGAUAGCGACCCGGAUUUUUAAAACAAAACAUGCAUCAUGGGGACCUUGCUUUCACGGGGCCAGCUGGAGAUUUUUACCGACGCCUCCGCUGUCUCUCAACGCUUUUUCCUCCUCCGUGGACGAUGAAUUGCAAGGGGGCGAUUGCAUUCGUAUGCUCCUCUCUCUCUCUAUCUCUCUCUCUCUCACACACAUUUCUCGUUAUGAAUAUUGAAACGCGAGUUGCAUAGGUGCGAGCGCGAAGGUUUGUUUGUACGAGACUGUAUCUAGACAAAAAAAAAACGAUGCAAAUGUAUGCAAGUGUCAACUUUUUAAGAAAAAAAAAAAGGGACGGGUGCGUGGAACGGGGGAGGUAAAAAAAAAAAUUCCUCUUCAGAGGCGUGCAGUUUUUGAUAGUACAAGUUUUUUCUCCCCCUCGUGUUAUUUUUUAUUUCCCUGGUUGAGUGCCCAGUGGAACCCUGGUGAUUCGAAAGCAGACGACGCUUAGCAGACGACGACUUGAGCAGCGCGCGGUGACAGGCUUCCUUUACGAUGAAGGCUAGGAUGCGUGAACGAAAAGCUCAGUGACUGGUGUCGGGUUGCAGACGUGACAGGAAACGUGUCUUUGUUUGUAUGGAGGUACGGAUAAGUUUUUGUAAAAAGUAUAUUCUAUACAUAUAUAUAAAUAUAUAUAUAUGUGUGUGCUUCAUGUGAUUAUAUGCAACAAUUUGAAAUCUGAGUGCUGCCACAAAUCUGGCUGGCUGUGUGGUAAGUUUGAAUCGAAAGCACAGCAGUUUUGUUAGGUCAUGAAUCCGUAUGUUUGACAUAUUGUGCAAAAUGUGCAGCCGACCAAAAGCCGACGUGCUCCCCGGAUUGGCGUACUUUGUUCACCACUUCGUACUACAUCGUUUUCUUGUCAGUUGCAAUGCAUGCGUGUGUGUGUUCCUUGGCAUGCAUUUUGAUUGGGCACAUGUUUUGUGAAGUAUGCUGUGUUAUGAAUCAGUCACAUAGCACACAAACUGUAUAUUUUAUCGAAGAGACAAAUUCCUCGGUGCUGACAUGUUUCUGUGAUGUACACCUUUCAGAAAACUGCUGCUAGGUUUAUGUUCAGGGGUUACGUGUGUCAAGAAUUUUUUUUUUUUUAAUUUGGGGGAGGGGGCAGUUGUAGGUGGUCUUGUACAUGUUAAAAUCACACAAAAGGCACACGCUGAAACCAUUCAGAUAACUUGCUUCAUAGACGAGUUACCAAGGUUCUACUGCAUACAAAGAGUACAAGAACCAUUUUUGAAGAGCCAUUGAAAUGAAGUUGGGGGGGGUGGGGGGGGCUGAGUGUGGGAAAGGUCGGUAAAUCACCAUUCAGUGUACAAAUCGAAUUGAUAGGAGAAGAAAAAAAAAAAACAUUCAACACUAGCCAUAACGCACAUGCACCAUCUUAAUAACCUCGCCUGUGCUUCCAUACCUCAACACAUGAACAAAAGGUGUCAGUCCUAGAAUCCUCUUUACAAGCUCCAAUAACCUUUUAACGAGCCGACCACGAGCUGGUCCGUGCGCAUUGUUUUAGGAGAUGUGUAAAUUUUUGUUGUGCCUCCUUUCUUUUAAGUAUCAUUUACAAAAAAAAAAAAACAUGGUGUAUGGAAAUAACUGAGCAUUUAGAUGUCCUUCAAUGCUGCUUGUGUAAGAGUAUUUAUUCAUGGAUGUAAAUAAUGUGACUGCAUUGUACAGUGAGUCUGUAUUUUUCUCAAUAACUUUCCCGCAAGAAAAAAAAAGGUACCGCAAAAGGGGUACCACAUCGCGACGGCAGCGAAUAGCACCGUGUUAGCAAAGGAAAAAAAAAGAAUAAUGGUAACGAAGUGCAAAGCUCGUGCAAGAAAACUUUGGCAAGGGCUGACUUCUCCUUAGUUGUUGUCUUUCAGUGUGGUACGCCUCCUUGUUAGGAGUAUUCAGCCUAACAAAAAAAAUGAUUUUUUGUGUCUGUACAGACGGUGCCUUUGUAUACAUUACUUAGUUUGAUUUCAAAGUACCGGCCUCUCCUGUACGAGAGGCAUUGGUUCCGAGUCUAGUUUGUUCAGUUGAGACAUAUCACAUGAGGGUACAUGUCACGAACGUUUAUGUAAAUGUUAGAGAAACGUCCCUCGUUCAAAUCGAGUGUCUGUGGACACGUGAGACAGGCAAAAAAAAAAAUGCUGCAGGGACAUCGUCUUGAGUUUUUGCAUAGAGUUCCGCUAGUAUUUUUGUAAUAGGUUUCUCGUGAUGUAUAUCUUGUGCAGCGUAUGUAGUUUUCUAUCUAUUCGGGCACCUAACAGUCAUGUACUUGUAUUGCAAAACAAUAAAAAAAAGGCCCUCACAUUUUUUCCCCCAA